AUUUUGUGAACUUAGUUAAGAGUCUGCCUUAGUUCACUAAUUUCGUUUUGUGGGGAAAGAAUGUAAAGCAAACAUUGGGUAGUUUGGCUAGAGUAUAAUAAUUAGAUUUUCUGGUUUUCAAAAACCUUAAAAAGAAAGUUUGAUGUGCUAUUUUCACAAUUAGUUUAACUAAUUACCAAAAAAUAGGUUUAUGUUCUAUAUGUCUUUUUUGUUCUUCUUUCUAUAAUAUCAUUUUUAUUAACUUUUACAAAAGUAUUAGUGUAUGAUGUGUUAAAACAUUAGACGAAUUAAAUUUAACAGAGUUUAAUUGAGCAAGGAACGACUGGCAAAUCAGGCAGCUCCCCAAACCAGAAUAGGUUCAGAGCAUCUCCAGCGCUGCUGCAUGGUCAGAGAGGAUUUGUGGACAAAAAAGGAAAGCAACAUAAGGAAAAUGGAAGUGAGGUACAGAAACAGCUGGAUUUGUUACAGCUUGGCAUUUCCCUGAUUUGAACACGGUUUAAACAGUUGGCUGCCUUUGGCCAAAACUUGGUGAUUGGUACAAGAGUAGGUUACAGUCUAUUUACAUUCCGGUUAGGUUACAGUUCCCUGAGUACGAAGAAACCUUUAGGAUGAACUUAAAAUAUGUAAGGAGGCAGCUUUAGGCUAAACUUAAUUUAACAAUUCCCCACCUUUUGGUCAACCUCUCAAUUUUGACACUGACCAAAACUUUAGGCAUUGAGGUCACUCUGUUACCAUCAUAAAUGUACUUAUUUGGUCUCAGAUCUCACAGAGAAAGAGCAGAACAGUUGGUUUUUAAGGUGGGAACAUGGAUUUCGGGUUACUUUUUUGUAAGAGUUAGAGAACUAAGGGGACCUCCUUGUGCUGGAAUCUCCUGUUUUCAUGAGAAAAAAAAAAAAAAGAAAAGAAAAGAAAAAAAACCUGGUCUGCUUUGGGAUCUAUCUGCUCCCUUAAAAUUUUAGUUUAUGUCACAUUUAGCAUGAGUGACUCCAUUUUGGUUUGGUCUGGUCGGCUGGGGCCUAGUGUACAAGCUCAGCCCAAAACAAUGGCCUCCCAUCACUAUGUUUAACAUAUGGUUUGGAAAUGUCAAUUGGUCCUUUCCCACAGAGAGUUGGAAGCCUUCUUUAGAGCAUCUAAACAGUCUCUAGAAGUAAAGAUGGUGCCUUUACCCUACACUUUUCCUCAGUUUAAGUUUUAGGAGUCAUUUUUAAUUCUAAACAUUUGCUGCUGUUUCCCCUAGGAUAAUGAGGAAAAUCAACAUGGAGGAACUCUAAGAGAAAAUCUGUGGUGUUAGCAAAUUAAGGGUGGCCCUACAGAAAGCUCUCUGCUGUUAAGACUGUGCUGCCACCUUGUGGCCAUCUUGUUUAUGACCCCGAGCUCGAAAAUCCACCCUCUGCUUUUUUGUCUCCUUUUGGUCUCAACUCCAGUGCUUUUCUUAUCUCAACUUUCCCAUCUAACUCCUUAGUGAGCUUCAUGAAAUCUACUUAAUCUUCUGAUCUUUACUUGAAGCUUGCUUUCUCAAUUCACUUCCUUUUAUCACGUAGUUUGUUACUGCUACAUGAAUUUGAGCAUUAUUGUUCAGUGUCAACCAAACUGCUAUUAAAGUGAUGAAUUAUAUAAUUACUUGGGUACAGUAGGUUCAAAUAAAACUUUAACAUUUUAGCAAUAACUUACAAAUAUUUCACUUCCUGCCACCCAAACAGAAAGUUGCCUUAUAAGCAGUAAGUAGCAAUACACAAGCCAUCUUGGAUAUACCCCAAACUGGGUUGCCAGAACAUAGAUUAAUAAUUUUUAGAGUGCCAAACUGAGUAAAUGUCUCUUAAAAAUUUAGAUCAUUGCAGGAGAGUUUGUUCUUUGUAAAUCUUCUUCAUUAUAAUCUCAUAAUAUCUUUAUAUAAAUAAUAUACAUCAUAACUCAUCUGAAUGAAGAUGAAACAUGGCAGAUUAGCAAAGGAAGACAGAAAAGAGAAGAAAGGAGUCUGUUGGGGAAGCUAGACAUUUCUUCCAAGCAUCUGCUUUCCAAUACAUGUCAAUUUCGCUGUGAACAGGAACCAUGGUAAAGGCCUUUCAUUUCCUCAUGAUGAAGUUUAGUCUUAAAAGUCAUUCUGUUCAACCUAAAUGGAAUGUUGCCAACUUAACAUUCCUUGGAGUCUUCCUACAUCUAACAGACAACUACCUUUAAAGAAUAAUGACUAAUUGGGGUUGCCUAUCCCUAAAAUCACCCUAAAAUGCAAUUGGUAAAUGUGCUAGUGGACAAAGGUUCAUUUUUCCUGUUUCUUUAGGCUUAACCUUCCAUAGGUGUAUCAUUUGCUGAGCAUCCAAUCCACCAUGGAAGGUGCACAGUGCACAUGGGAUGCUGGUGCAGAUUUAGGGACUAUAUUUUUUGUCUUUUCCUCCCCUCACUGGAACCUAUCAUACAGCUAAUACUUUCUUACAGAACUGAGCAGGCCCUCAGAACUUGAUUCUUCAGCUAGCAGGAGAAAAACCCCAACACGUUCUCUUCAACAGUCAGCUAUUAUCCUUUUACCCAGCUUUUUAUAAGUAAUAUUUUUAAAGUAAUGUUUGCAAUAGAUUGUCAUUUAUUAGGAUUAAAUAAAAGAUGAGCUAUGAGGAUUGACUUUCAGUUCCAUAUUUACAAGUUCAUUCAGUUAGAAGAUGCAAGCAAUGAGAACAAAGGGAUGACUCAUGGCAAACGGUGGGGAAGGGACAGGAUGCAGCAGUGGCCAUGUGCCAGAGCAAGCACCAAGGAAGAUGGAACUGAAAAUAACCAGCUGAGGAGUUCAUGAAUACACCUGAGGCCCUUAGGAGACAAAAACAUCUCGUCUAGUAGGAGCACUCUGGAUGAGAAAGGAUGUGUGCUGUGGUGCAGACUGGAAGUCUGACAGUGGAAACAGGCGUGGCGAAGUUUCGAGAAGACAGAAGGUGCCCUCUGGGUGCUCAGUAUCCCUGAGUUAUUUUUAGAGUAUGUCUGCUUACAGCCAGUAGUUAUUACUGGAAUGUACACAAUAGCGAUCCCCACUCACUCCUUCAGGUGGCCUGGGAAAGAGGAAUGAGGGAAUAAUCCAGAGUGAUUCACAGUGAAUUGUGACUAUCAAUGUGUCUUGUGUCUAGGAGAUGAUGUGGGGGUCAAGGGAGACUAAGGAAAAGAAUGGAGAAGGACAAGUGGCUCUUCCGUUAGCCACAGAGAAGGGGCUACAACUGAUCCUGGAACAAAUCUUGUCUUAAACUGGAGGGAACCACAUACAUACCAAUAGCAAGACUCUCCCAGGCAAUUUCUAAGAGGAGGAAAACGGCUAACACAUAGCCUAGGUUUAGACAGAAUCAAAAACACCCCCUUCAGGGACUGUGGGCCUCUUGGAGGAAGUCAACUCUCUGCUCCCUCUCACAGAGGGCAAGCCUCCCAAGGAGAAGCCCUGGCACCUGCGCAGGCAACAGAACCGCCAGGCCUGGCACCUACUCUAGACCAGGAGAAAGGUACUGAGGAGCAGGCCCUCAGAACUUGAUUCUUCAGCUAGCGGGAGAAAAACCCCAACAUGUUCUCUUCAACAGUCAGCUAUUAUCCUUUUACCCAGACUGGAAUAUGCAGUCCUGUAUAUUUUCAUCUUUGGAACAGGUGGCUUGAUAUGCAAAUAAAGUAAUAAGUGUCAAAGCUGUAUCCUAGCAGUAGCUACUUUGCAAACGUUACCAUGGCAGCCAUUCAACAGUGUUCUUAGAGGUAGCCACACCUCAGCAAGGGCUUUCUAACUUGGAACAGCAAAGUUCAAAUGAACGAAUAGACACAAACUGUGAAAGAGUCCUGAACCCAUUACAAGGCGAAUCUUUACAGCACAAUUGCCCUCUGAAGCUACUUGAAACAGGGCAUGGGACUUAAAGGAGAAAAAAAAGGAAAUGGACCAUCUCUUCUAACACCUGGAAUGUGAUCCAAGCCUGGAGACAAAUUGAUGGUUUGCAGCUAGAAGACAGUAAAUCUAGCAAUGGAGCCCAUAUAUGAGGAAUACCUAGCAAAUCAUGGAACAAUAGUAAAACCAUAUUACUGGCUAAGCUUCUCUCUAGAUUGCUCUAAUUGUCCUUACCAUAUUCGAACAGGUGAAGAAGCAAGAGUUUCCCUCACAGAAUUUUGUCAGAUUUUUGGAUUCCCUUAUGGGACAGCAUUUCCUCAAACAAAACACCUCACAUUUUAUGAAGUAAAAACUUCUUCUGGUAGCCUGGUGCAAAAGGGCCAUGCUAGCAGUUGCACUGGGAAUGAUAUCCAUCCAGAAUCAAUGCUCUUUGAAAUGAAUGGUUAUCUUGACUCAGCCAUACACAAUAAUGACAGCAUCAGGCAUAUCAUUCUGUAUUCCAGCAACUCCCCUUGUAAUGAAGCUAACCACUGCUGCAUCAGCAAAAUGUACAAUUUCCUGAUUACAUAUCCAGGCGUCACUCUUAGUAUUUAUUUUUCUCAGCUCUAUCAUACUGAGACGGACUUUCCUGCCUCAGCAUGGAACCGCGAAGCUCUCCGGAGCCUGGCCAGCUUAUGGCCACGGGUUGUUUUGAGUCCAAUAAGUGGUGGGAUCUGGCAUUCUGUUCUCCACAGCUUUAUUAGUGGUGUCUCAGGAUCACAUAUUUUUCAGCCCAUUUUAACUGGGAGAGCACUGGCUGACAGGCACAACGCAUAUGAAAUCAAUGCCAUAACAGGCGUAAAACCUUACUUCACUGAUGUUCUUCUCCAGACAAAAAGGAAUCCAAACACAAAAGCUCAGGAGGCUUUAGAGAGCUACCCCCUAAACAAUGUCUUUCCUGGACAGUCUUUUCAAAUGACGAGUGGACAACUGCAAGCCAACCUACCUCCAGACCUCAGGGCUCCUGUUGUUUUUGUGCUAGUACCUCUCAGGGGCUUACCACCAAUGCAUAUGGGCCAAAACCCAAAUAAACCCAGGAAUAUCGUAAGGCACUUAAAUAUGCCUCAAAUGUCAUUCCAGGAAACCGAGGACCUUGGAAGGCUUCCCACUGGAAGGUCAGUGGAGAUAGUGGAAAUCACAGAACGGUCUGCAAGUAGCAAAGAGGCAGAUGAAAAGAAGAAGAAGAAGAAAGGGAAGAAAUAAAACCUACAUUCCUACAGCAUGAAACCAAUUACCAAGGGACUUAUUAGAUAGGCAAUAAAAAUCUGGAAACUUUCUCUCUUAGGGCUGAGCCAAGAUGGAGAUAAACUGAUGGACUAAAAGCAAACCUUGAAUUAUUUACCAUAUCAACUAUUAUAAAUUUACACUAUUUUAAACAUAAUCCAAAAUGUUUCCAUAAGCAACUUGAUCUCUCUCCUUUAUUUUGAAAGUGGCAGUAUCAAAAUGGAACCAUUAGCAACUUGCUAAUAUUUUGGUGCAGAAAAGGAAUCUCAUUAUUCUAUUUUACUCACAUCAUCUUUCCACUACAAAUCCCAUGGACAAAAUAGCUACCUAAAUUUAUUUCAGUAAAAAAAUUUACUGUAAAAUUGAAAAACAGCCUGAAGCUACUGACAUUAAGUGCUGUUUGCAAGAGUAAACCAGUGAUUUUCUAUUAAUUGUUAACCAUGGACAGAAGAUUUUAGGCAGCUCAUUUUUUUCUAAAGUGAUUCAAAAUAGUUUUGUGUGGGAAAAAGCUCUUCUGCUGAUUACAUAUAGCUAUAAAGAUUAAAACCUAGCCACCUGCUCAGUUUGAUCUUCCCCAGCUCAGACCUCUCCCUUCUGAGCAGAUGAUAGAGGCAAGAUGAUACAUGAGAACCUCCAAUGGCUCCUGUCAUCACAUACCAUAUAAAAUCCAAGUUCCUCUUACUAGCUUUCAAGGAUCCUCCUUUAACUUCCUGUUGCCUUGUCUCAUCAGCAAGAUCAUAAGUACCUACAGGUCAAGCACUGUCUCUCCCUUCUCUUAUCUUUUCCCUUAGGAUCUAGCACAUUAUCUAGCAAAAUGUGAGUAGCAAGGCUGAAAUGACAUCUCAAUAACUUCACCAGUGACUGUGACUCAGCAUCCCUUCUCCAUCCCAGCUGAAAGCCUGCUUCACCAUCCUGCAAGAGAUGUUUUUUCUUUUUGUUAGCAUCCAUUCCCCCUUCUAAUGCAGCUCCCAAUGCAUAAUGUGUGUUUUACUUCCCUCUUUCUGACUCCAUCCUCAUCACCAGUGAAUAUUUGUACCUUCUCUUAAAAUCUUCAAAACACACUUCUAGGAAGUGCUCCUUGAUUAAUCCUCUAAGCACUUAAAUGAAAGCACUUUGCUUAUGCUUAUUUCACAUUUGCUGCCACUUGCCUCUUUGAAAUAUGUAAAGAUACAUUAUAAGAAAAAUGUACAUUUUCUUGUAACUUGCUAUUAAUUUUUCUCUUUAUAUAUAUAUACAAAGUAAUCCUAAGCUAAUAAAAGAGUUUGCCAUGACAUUAAAACAUUUAAUACUCCAUAAAGGAGGAGGAGAAAGAAAAACAUAUUUUAGGAAUAGCAAUUAGUAUUGUGGUUAAAAUAAACAUGAAUAAAAAUUUUAAAAUAAAGUUCUAUUGUUAGCAUACAAAUUUUAAUGGAAUUACUGGAAUAUAGUUUUAUUGUGGGUAUAUAGUGAGUAUUAUUUAAAGAAGUACUGUUGAGGUUUAUUUUUAUUUCAUGAAAUCCUAUGUCCAUAGUUUGGGAUACUGAGUUAAAAAGAUCCCAACAUGACAAAUCCAGCAUCUCUGAUCAUUAUAAUAAUAGAUCCAAUUUGUUGCCAGAAAAUGGCAGACUACAACAUGAACCAGGCUACAGAGAAUCCAAUUAGAAACAUGGUCUGAAAUAGAUGAUGAACUGAACCUGGAUAUCAGUGGUAUAUAGCAAAAGGAGAAGUUGUCAGAACUAUAGGAAAGAAAAGUGCCUUUGGCAGAUAAACUUUUGUACUGGUUCGAUAAGACUAGGGCUAUGAAGAAGAUUACUGACAGGUAGUUAAGUCCAGGCCAAUACAGCCAACCUUAGACAAAAGACUGUUAGAAGAGCAUAAAGAUACACUGCCCAAGGCAAGUAAUGUUUCCUCAUCUGUAAAACAAGAAAUGUGGGCUAGUUCAUCUUUAAGGUUCCUUUCAGCUCCGUCUGCUGCUAUAAGAAGGCAUAUAGCAAAGCAAUAGUUCCACAAAGUGAGAUCCUGCAGUGCAGUGAUUAGCUUCCUUGCUCACUACACAGUGAUUCUUGGUCAUGUCAGCCUGGCCGGGGAUCGAGAGAGAGAAAUUGGGUUGCUCCACACCUCUUCAGCCAACUGGCAAUGGUGAUAUGGAAGAAUAUCUCUGCCACCACACAUAUAGAAAUAAUGGAAAUAAAGAAAAUAGAAGUAAAUUAAGAUAGCUAGUAAUAUGAUGAUCUGGACAAGGCAUUAGGAUAUAUGCCAAGAAAACAAUGAGACUGAAGAGAGGGACACAUUAUCUUGGUGAAUCUACCAAGGUCCAGGGUUUGGGGGUCUUAGCUUUGUAUGCUCAACUACCUUCUUAGUAAGUACAGGAAGAAUGGAUUUUCUCAUCGGAAGCAGGUUUGGUUAACAAAGCUCUUGAGAUUGACAUGUAAAGACAAAAAACUAAUGUACUGAUUUCUAGUAAGACUUAUAACUGGAUAUGCAAGCAUAUAUUCAAGUCAUCCAGGUUACAUAGCCUCUCCAUGUAGAUCAGCUACAUGGCAAGCCAAAUUAUCAUAAGGUUGCCUUAUGGAUUAGAGGAGUCCAUUAUGUGACUCAAAUGUUUAGUGCUAUCAGAUUCUGCUUUAGUAGUGGUGACUGACAUCUGCUUAGAAUGAAGUGGUGGAUGGGAUAUGCACAAGGGCAUCUCAUUCCUGGACAAUGUUUGGGAGGGUCUAGGCAACAAGAGACAACACAAACCUCUAUGACCAACUCCUGUCAUAGCAUCGAUUUUCUAUGUGACUAGAAAUCCAUUUUCUAUGUGACUAGAAAUCCAUUUUCUAUGUUUCAUCAAGCUACAAUCCAAUUUAUAUAAUACUAAAUAGAUUAGAAUUCAUCAAGCUAUAAUCUAAUCCUGCUGAUCUGACAGCAAAUCCUAUUUCUUUAAACUGCCAUUACAUCUUUUUUAUUCAUAAUAUAAGCAAUCCAAAAAGUUUAACUCACAGAAUGGAAUCUUACUCCUCUUACUGGUUUUUAAGGAAAGCCACAUAAAU